AUGACCGAGUCACAACCGGUCAAUACAUCACACCCCAACACCAAACCAAACAGUAACAGCAAUAGCAACAUGAGCUCAAGAAGCAACAGCAUUGAGAGCACUUCCUCUAAUCCUUCCAAGCCACACACGGGUGGUGACAUAAGGUGGGACGCUGUGAAUAUGUUGACCUCCAGAGGAGUCCAGCUCGGGAUCAGCGAUUUCCGGCUUCUGAAACGGCUCGGCAAUGGAGACAUUGGGAGCGUUUACCUGGUCGAGCUCAGAGGAACCAACACCUAUUUCGCCAUGAAAGUCAUGGACAGGGCUUCCUUGGCUAGCAGGAACAAGCUCUUGCGAGCUCAAACAGAGAGAGAGAUCUUGUCUCAGCUUGAUCACCCGUUCUUGCCCACACUAUACUCUCACUUCGAGACCGAUAAAUUCUACUGCUUGGUCAUGGAGUUUUGCAGCGGUGGCAAUCUCUAUUCCUUGAGACAGAAGCAACCCAACAAGUGUUUCACCGAAGACGCAGCGAGAUUCUUUGCCUCUGAAGUGUUAUUGGCAUUGGAGUAUUUGCACAUGCUCGGAAUCGUGUACCGUGAUUUGAAGCCGGAGAAUGUUCUGGUCAGAGACGACGGACACAUUAUGCUCUCCGAUUUCGAUUUAUCCCUCCGAUGCUCCGUCAGCCCAACUCUCGUCAAAUCUUCCUCCGUUCACGGCGGCGGCAGCGGAACCAGCCGGCCUGUCGGGCUCAUCGACGAAGAAUCGGCGGUCCAAGGCUGUGCCCAGCCGUCCACCUUCUUCCCGCGGAUCCUGCAGUCCUCGAAGAAGAACCGAAAGGCGAAAUCAGAUUUCGGGCUUUUCGUCAACGGAUCCAUGCCGGAGCUCAUGGCGGAGCCAACAAACGUUAAGUCGAUGUCCUUCGUCGGGACACACGAGUAUCUAGCACCGGAGAUCAUCCGCGGAGAAGGACACGGAAGCGCCGUAGAUUGGUGGACCUUCGGAAUCUUCAUCUACGAGCUCCUCUACGGAUCGACGCCGUUUAAAGGACAAGGAAACCGCGCGACGCUGCACAACGUGAUCGGACAAGCGCUGAGAUUCCCGGAGCUACCUCAUGUGAGCUCGGCGGCGAGAGAUCUCAUCAAGGGCCUACUGGUUAAGGAACCACAAAAACGGAUCGCUUACAAACGAGGCGCGACGGAGAUCAAACAGCAUCCUUUCUUCGAAGGUGUCAAUUGGGCGCUGAUCCGGAGCGCAACGCCGCCGCACAUUCCGGAACCCGUGGAUUUCUCGUGUUUCGCGAGCAAGGAUAAAGAGACUAUGACGGUUGCCGACGGCGGAAAGAAGAGUAACAACGGAGUCGGGGGUUGUUACAGUACCGGCGGUGGUGGUGAUAACAAAAUUAACGGCGGUAGUAACCCUAGUUGCCAUGAUCCUGAUUACAUUGAUUUCGAAUACUUUUAG